ACGAGCCAGCGAUAGCGAUAGCAGCCCAUGUGGAGUGAGCAGCAGCGCCCAGAGGGUCAUUCCUCUCAACAUCUAAGAGCUGCACUGGAUAAACCAACUAGGCUACACACGAAAUGAAAAAGAUACUUGAGAUAAGAUCACAGUGUGUAUCCAUUUCUCGAAAAAUCGAAUCGUGAGUUGAUAUUGCUUUCAAAUUAAGAAAUAGCCUAAUCACUCAUCGAGACGGGCGAACAGACACUUUGGACCAAACGACAUCCCUCGUUGUAUCAGAUUAAGAGUUGACGAGACCUGUUUCUCUGUCUGGAACUAUCGGCUUGAUCUGCUGAGAAAUCACUUUCAUCUCACGCCCACGAUCUGCGAUACUUUCUCGCCUGCAACUGAGACCAUGCAAGAAAGAUUGCAAUAUGUUUCGCCUAGUUGAAAACGGACUACAAAUUUAAUUGUGGAUUACGACUCACGGAGAAGCCUUUUUUGGUAGGCUGCACUUCGGGAGUUCGGCUUCCUCUUGCCCGUGUGAUUUCCCUCCGGUUCCGCUGCUGAGCUCUGUCUCACGCCGUGGUGGAGGGCUCCAUGCUGCCGCAAAGGGAGAGGAGAGAAGCGCGAUCCCGUGCUGGAUGGAUGGUUAUGGGGAAAGGCGCAGGACUUUCGGCGCUUGAAGUCGGCAAGAUCCUCACAAUAUUUCUUUACCUCUUCCCUGCAGUGAGCUUGCAGUGCAGGAUCCUGAAGUGUAACUCGGAGUUCCUGGUGUCGACGUCCAGCUCAGGCGCGGAGGAGCUGUUCUGCAGCGCCCUGCGCGCCUACAACACCUGUGUCCGCCGGACCGCCCGAACCUGCCGGGGGGACCUGGCCUACCACUCGGCCCAGCACGGCAUCGAGGACCUGAUGAGGCAGCACAACUGCUCCCGCGAGGGCCCCACGUCCCAGCCCCGGCCCCGGACCCCGGCCCCGCCCCGCCCGGGGGACAGCCAGGAGCGCUCCGACGGCCCCGAGGUCUGCCACUACGAACGCGGCUUCGGACGCCACUCCACGCCCCCAAACUACACCCACUGCGGCUUUUUUGGGGACCCCCACCUCCGCACCUUCAGCGACGACUUCCAGACCUGCAAGGUGGAGGGAGCCUGGCCUCUCGUUCACAACAAGUACCUGUCCGUGCAGGUGACCAACACGCCAGUCCUGCCAGGGUCCCCUGCCACAGCUACCAGUAAGCUGACCAUCAUCUUCAAGAACUCGCAGGAGUGCGUGGACCAGAAGAUGUACCACGCCGAGACGGACGAGCUGCCGGCGGCCUUCGCGGACGGCUCGCGGAACGGGGGCGAGCGGCACGGCGGGAACGCGCUCCGCGUGGUGGAGAAGGUCCCGGGCCAGCACGUGGAGAUCCAGGCCCGCUACAUCGGCACCACCAUAGUGGUGCGGCAGGUGGGCCGCUACCUCACCUUCGCCGUGCGCAUGCCGGAGGAAGUGGCGACCGCGGCGGAGGACGGAGACGACCAGGACCUCUACCUGUGCCUGCACGGCUGCCCGCACAACCAGCGCAUCGACUUCCAGGACCCCGCGGGCCAGGGGACGGGGGCCCCGCCCCACGGCUUCACCUACCAGUCGGCCACGGCCAAGUGUCGAGAGCGCCUCCCGGUGGAGGACCUGUACUUCCAGUCCUGCGUCUUCGACCUGAUCUCGUCCGGCGACGUCAACUUCACCCUGGCCGCCUACUACGCCUUCGAGGACGCCAAGAUGCUCCACUCCAACAAGGACAGGCACCACAUCUUCGCGGGGUCCAGGAACGCAGGGAGCUCCGCCCACCGGGCGUCCUCCGUCGCGUCGUUGGCCGUUCUGCUCCUCCUGGCGCUGCUGCCGUGGGUAUGACGCUCCGGCGUCCCCGCCUGUAAGGCCGUGUUUGUGUGUCUGGUUGGGAGCGUGGUGCUGGUCGUGCGAUGGAAAGCCGAGGAACUCUACAGAAUGUUUCCGGGAUGUUCCGUCUCGCCGCACAGGGUCCCUGGCUCCUCCACUCUCAUCGGCCUCAGGGGGGGAGAGUGGGGGGGGGGUCGCCGUGUUUCAAGUGCAAUCCAGACCUGUCCGUCAGCCAUCGGCUUGUCUCUCAUCGUGUGUUCUUCGUGGUGCGGACAGUGGGAAGAGGGACGGACCGUGCGAGUGAAACUCAGCCGUCUGGCAUUUGGAUGUGCUCUACAAGCGGAGGGGGAGAGACUUUACAGAAGUGUGUGUGUGUGUGUGUGUGUGUGUGAUGUUGCCUCUUGCUGGGACUAGCAGAAGGAUCCGUCCGUGGCAGCCUGCAAUGGAGUGGAACUUCUGACAGGAUGUAUUUAUUAAAAAAAUGUUUUACCUUAUAGUGAGGGAAAUGAGGCCAUGGAUGUGCGUGAUUGGGUGUGUGCGUAUGCGCAGAUCGGCGCAUGUGUGCUCAUACACGCGUGCGUGCCAUACGUGCUUGUGUGUGCGUAUGCACAUAUUUGUAUAUGCGCACUUGUGUGUGCUGAUACAUGUGAGUGUGCAUGGGUAUGUGUGUGUGUGUGUGCGUGUGUGCGAGUGUGUGAAUUCAGAAAGGGUCGAGUUUGGGGAGGAGUCCCUGUGGUGUGAGCGGGGCGGGGUGUGUGAAGUGAGGUCACAUGACCCCACUCCCAGCAUGCUGCUGUCCUGGAGCGUGUGUCCUGCUCGCACGCUCCACGGCUCUGGACCAGAACGGGGCCAUGUUUCCACAAGCCUGUCUGUUACACCCAGGCUUCUAAUAAAAAGCCAAGGGUCAGUCAGACCUGCGUCCUUCUGC